UCGAAGCCGACACCGACGGGGCCGAUCAUCCGGCGGCCAUCCGGCGGCCUUCCCGGCCUUCUUAAAGCUGGCUGGUACCGCCGCUGUCCUUUCGCUCUUUUGCUUCCUCUGCUUCCUCUGCUUCGUCUGCCUUUGCCCCGGAGCAGCGUGCAUCUGCCUUGGUCUGUGCCCCACCCCCUCCUCCCAGCCUCGUCUCCCGGUUUCUCCAGCUCCGGACUCUGCUGAAUCUCUGUUGCCAUGCUCGCCCUGCGCCGCUCCACCCAUCUCCUGACCAAGGGCUUUUGCUCGCCCGUCUCCGUUCGCACAUUUGCAUCGCCGUCCGGCAACCCUCCUCCCGCUGAGGGAUUCAUGCCCGGUGUGUCGUCGUCCAAAUUCAUCAAGAACACCUCCGAGCAGGUCUUUGCCAACUCGGAGCUCAAGCACCUCAAGAAUGGCGAGACCAAGAAGUUGAACCUGUUCCAGGCCAUCAACGAGGCCCUCCAUACCGCCCUGGUCACCGACAACAAAGCGAUUAUUUUUGGCGAAGACGUCGCUUUCGGCGGUGUGUUCCGAUGCACCAUGGGUCUCGAAGCCAAGUUCGGCAAGGCCCGUGUCUUCAACACCCCUCUCACCGAACAGGGUAUUGCGGGCUUUGCAAUCGGUGUUGCCGCUACCGGCUCCACGGCCAUCGCCGAGAUCCAGUUCGCCGACUAUGUCUUCCCCGCCUUCGAUCAGCUGGUCAACGAGGCCGCCAAGUACCGCUACCGGUCGGGCGACCAGUUUGAUGUCGGGGGCCUGACUGUUCGUAUGCCCUGUAUGGCUGUCGGCCACGGCGCCCUCUACCACUCGCAAUCCCCCGAAGCUUACUUUGCCCACACCCCGGGCCUCAAGAUCGUCGUUCCCCGCUCCCCCAUCCAGGCCAAGGGUCUGCUCCUGGCCUCGAUCCGCGAUCGUAACCCCGUGAUCUUCCAGGAGCCCAAAAUCCUCUACCGAGCUGCUGUUGAGCAAGUCCCUGUCGAUGAUUACGUGCUCCCCCUGGGCAAGGCUGAGGUUCUGAAAGAAGGCAAGGACGUCACCAUUGUCGGCUGGGGAUCCCAGCUCUAUGUCCUGGAGAACGCAAUCGCCCUUGCCGAGAAGCAAAUGCCUGGGCUGAGCUGUGAGCUGAUUGAUCUGCGAACCAUCCUCCCCUGGGACGUCGAGACCAUCGCCAAGUCCGUCAACAAGACCGGCCGCUUGAUCAUCUCGCACGAGGCUCCCGUCACCAUGGGCUUUGCCUCCGAGAUCGCCUCCAAGAUUCAGGAGCGAUGCUUCCUCCGACUCGAGGCUCCCAUCCAGCGCAUCUGCGGAUACGACACUCCCUUCUCCCUCGCCUUUGAGAAGUUCUACAUGCCCAAUGCCCACCGCUGCUUCGAUGGCAUCAAGCGAGUCAUGGAGUACUAACAGCCGGGCGAGCGACUCUCAUG